AUGGCAACCAACUCAGAUUCAACGACAAGUUUAACAUCAGCUAUUGCAAAUAGCCUGAAAGUUACUGAUAACGAUCUUUCUGAUUUGAUUAAAAUACAAGGUGAUCUUGUACGAAAACUUAAAACUGAAAAAGCUCCAAUUGAACAAGUAAAAGAAGCUGUUGACAAAUUACUCAGUUUAAAAAAAGAACUUGCUGAUCACCAAGCAGCCAACGGUGGAGAGGAAGAAGCAAGCAGUGGUUCAAACCUUCUCAAAACACCUCGAGGUACACGUGAUUAUCAUCCUGCUCAAAUGAAAAUUCGUGAACAAGUUUUUAAAACAAUUACUGAUUGCUUUAAGCAACACGGAGCAGAAACAAUUGAUACACCAGUUAUCGAACUUACGCAACUUCUGACAGAAAAAUAUGGUGAAGAUUCUAAACUUAUUUAUGAAUUAAAAGAUCAAGGUGGUGCAGAACAAUUAGCUUUACGUUAUGAUUUAACUGUACCAUUUGCACGUUAUGUCGCACAAAAUAAAAUUUCGAGUAUGAAACGAUAUCACAUAGGAAAAGUUUAUCGACGUGAUAAUCCAAAAAUGACACGAGGCCGCUAUCGAGAAUUUUAUCAAUGUGAUUUUGAUAUUGCCGGUGAUUUUGAUGCUAUGGUACCGGAUGCAGAAUGUAUUAAAAUUAUUAUAGAAAUUCUUGAUAAACUUGAUUUGGGAUCAUAUAAAGUUUAUGUAAGUAUUCAGGUUAUGAUAAAUAAUUCAUAUUGCUCGAAUUAUAUACUUUUUACCGGGACGAAUACACUUAUCGACCCCUUUCUCCUUUUUUUUAUGAUCCAGGCCGACUAAUUAGCUACUGGGGAGUUCAUUAAAAGUAUUCCCAAGAGUAUCAGACCAAUAAUUUACGACAUAUAUGAAAAUUUAGACUUAAGUUUAACACUGUAUAAAAGGUUUAUUUUUGAAAUAAAAUAUAAUGAAAGCAGGCCCGUAGCCAGG